AUGAAUGUGGACAGGUUAUUUGAGAAGCGAGGAGCCGAGGAGUUCGAUGACAGCGAGGCAAAGAGGCCAGCACAAAAUCAUGAGGAACGUGUGCUCGAAUUUUUGAAACGUGACACUGUGGUCGAGCCACAGAAAAUUGUGGAGUACAAUGUACAAUGGGUCAAAAACAGUCUUACCAAACUGGGUGAGCUUGUGACAUCUAACCUUCAGAUGCGCGAGAAGCACUCUUCAGACCCUACCAAGGUGAUGGACAGUGAGUUUGAGUUGUUUCAGGGGCUCAAGGUUUGGUCUGAAAUUAGUAUCGCUUUGGCAGAAGCACCCGAUUACCAGCAGUGUUAUACAGUGUUGGUGGCAAGCCCUGUUUUUGCAGAAGUCGUGGGACUUCUUGCGAGCCAUCCUAAUAUUGACGUGCGCGAACAGGUGCUCUUGAUUUUGGUGGAUAUAGUGGAUGAAGAGCGGGAAGAGUGUCGUUCUGUACUAGGCCAAUUUUUCACGAAUUGCAAGAUUGGAGACCUGCUCGGCAAGUUUCUUGAACAGCUGGACUCAAUUGAGGAUCGAGAGUUAAUUGAGCAGUACUCUACGUUAUGUCUAGGAUUUGCGAUAACUCUAUGUGAGUUUCAAAAUGUCGCAUUGAGCACUCGCAAUGGACUGAACGAUAAAGUUUUGGAAAUAAUAGAAUCCGCCAAACAACAAAUCGACAAGACGAGCCAGUAUGCAAUGGAGUAUCUACAAGAGCUGCUAGUGGGAUGUGAGCAGUCCGAAAUUGAAAAGUUUGAGAAAGACAACGAUGCAGAUCUAGUUGAGACUCUGAUGGUGACAUGGUCGAAACUGCGUAAAGUGCCAAUCUCAGGAACUGAAAUGACGGAGUUUAAGGAGAAUUGUAUACUGCUGCUGGCCUACAUUUUGCGCUUUGACGCCUACAGAGCAAGGUUUUUAGAAAACGAUGGGCUGGAGCUGGCGAUGUUGUUCGUGGGCAGCGAGAUCUCCAAGCAGCAUAUCAGCACAGGUCUCAAAAUUUUGGCAUCUGUGAUAGACGAGCACACAGGACCGCUGGUGGUGGAGAUGGGCGUUCUGAAGCCACUUUUGAAACAUUUUGAGACCAAACUUCCGAAAGAAAACUCAUGCUCUCCUCAUGUCCUCAAGCUGCUUUCCCAGCUCUAUAAAUUUCUGCCGUUUGGAUCUGAUGCGCGAAUCAGGGUCACUAACAAACUCAUACACAAAGAGUUUGCCGGUCUGAAGAAAGUUCUCAGACUGUGGAAAUUGCUAGAGGCCGACGAUAGCGACAACGAGCUUAUCCUUGAAACCUUGGCCCUGACUGACACGGUGUUGCUAUGGGCUUUUAAUGAGAGUCUAGUGACUCCGGCAGGCGCACAACACUUGCUGGCUGAACACGAUGUCCAGCCUUCCCAGUUUCUUCAGGCUGUCGACUUGGAUAUAGAAAUGGCCGAGGACCAUGAAGAACGCGAGCUCCUCAUGUCUCUAAGAGACUCCGUGGAUGCCAAGCUGGAAAAUGGCAGAAGCGAAAAAUAA